AUGGGCAAGAGUCAGAGCAAGCUGUCACAGCAGGAGCUGUCCGACCUGCAAAAAGCCACCCACUUCGACAAGAAGGAGUUGCAGCAAUGGUAUAAAGGCUUCCUAAAAGACUGCCCCUCCGGCAUGCUCACCAAGACCGAAUUCCAAAAAAUCUACAAACAAUUCUUCCCCUUCGGCGACCCCUCCAGCUUCGCCGACUACGUCUUCAAUGUCUUUGACGCCGACAAAUCCGGCUCCAUCGACUUUAAAGAAUUCAUCUGCGCCUUAUCCGUCACCAGCCGGGGGAAAAUGGAAGAUAAAUUGGAUUGGGCCUUUCAACUCUACGAUAUCGAUGGCGAUGGCUUGAUAUCUUACGAGGAGAUGUUGAAGAUUGUCGAGGCCAUAUAUAAGAUGGUGGGAAGUAUGGUCAAGUUGCCCGAGGAUGAGGAUACGCCGGAGAAGCGGGUGAAGAAGAUUUUCCGCAUGAUGGAUAAGGAUGAGAAUGGGAGUUUGGAUAUGGCCGAGUUCAAGGAGGGUAGUAAGCGCGAUGAGACGAUCGUGUCGGCGUUGUCGUUGUAUGAUGGGCUGGUAUAA